CCGCCUUACAAGCUCAAAAAAGUAUGGCCGCCAGACAUCAAGAACAUGACACCGCCACAACAGCUUCGAUUUGAAAAGAAGUACAAGCGGAGGCUGAAGCUCGCAACGGCUCGGCCACGGUGGGACAAGUUUGUCCGGGUGGCGCAACUAUGCACCAUGACAUUUGUCGUUACAUACAUGGUGCUCUUCAUGGAUUGGAAGGAUGUUCCGACCCCGUUCGACCCGGUCCGCGAGAAGUUCUGGGGUUUCUUUGGCGUCUUUACCGACGAAUCGAGGAAGCUCACCAUCAAGGACAAGCCGUCCUCACAGGCGUCCAGCAAGUAAUGAUGUGGAAAUCGUUUCCAUACUGUCCCCUCACCUGUUGUAUAGUAUUGUUCCACCACCCGGAGUUUGGCGUUGGAUACCCGGCAGCAAUGGCGCGGCGAUUUCUGGCCGCCAUGAAUGAAUGAUGCCGGAGCUCUCGGCUCACCUUCCAGUCACGCUCUCUG